CCCGCCGGGGAGGGGGCCGGAAGUGACGUCGCCCGGCGGGAGGCUCGAAAGGAGCCGGAGCGGAGGGGCAAGAUGGCGACCAAGGCCUUGGCCCAGCAGCUUGGAUUAAUUAGGAAAAAAUCUGCCACUCCAGCUAACCAGAAAAAUCAGGGUAGGAGUAAAUCAAAGCAAUUGUUCGACUAUUUAAUCGUUAUUGACUUUGAGUCAACAUGUUGGAAUGAUGGGAAGCACCACUACAGCCAGGAAAUAAUUGAAUUUCCAGCCGUCUUGUUAAACACGUCAACUGGAGAGAUUGAGUCUGAAUUCCAAUGCUACGUUCAACCACAGGAGCAUCCAAUUCUUUCCGAAUUCUGCAUUGAACUGACAGGCAUAAAACAGGCUCAAGUGGAUGAAGGCGUUCCGCUGAAGAUUUGCCUAUCUCAGUUCUGUAAGUGGAUUCAGAUGAUUCAACAGAAGAAGAAAAUUAUUUUUGCUCCAGGGAUUUCAAACCCUGCAACCUCAGAAGUCAAAUCGUGUGCAUUUGUUACUUGGUCAGACUGGGAUCUGGGAGUCUGUUUGGAAUACGAGUGUAAAAGGAAGCAACUACGAAAACCUGAGAUCUUGAAUUCUUGGAUCGAUCUCAGGGCAACUUACAAGCUUUUCUACAUGAGGAAGCCAAAAGGGCUAAGCGGCGCUUUGCAAGAUCUAGGAUUAAAGUUCUCGGGACAAGAGCAUUCUGGACUGGACGACUCCAGGAAUACCGCCCAUCUGGCUUGGAGAAUGAUCGGGGAUGGUUGCAUAAUGAAAAUCACUAAAUCUCUGAACACGGUGCAGCCGAAGAAGAAUUCCAGUUGCCUUGCUAAAGCUUUAACUGUGAACCAGGACAGAGAGACUGCUAGAUUCAAGAGCGGAGUGCACGCUCCAAGCCCGGAUGGGGUUUGGGUCAGCGACUCCUUGGGUGACGAAGAACCUAAAUUUGGUAAAAAUAAUGUAAGUCCUAACGGAAGAGUUCGGAGAGGGAUCGCCUAUUCCCCAAAGUCCCAUCGAGAUCCGCCAUUCUGCAACGUCAAGACGGGGAAAUACGAUGAAGUUCCAAGUCCUUUAUCCUUUCACAUUAAUGCACCCUCCGCUCCUUCCGGAAAGUUGCAGCCCGCUGACUCGAGUUCCCCGACGAUCUUUCAGAAUCGAAUUAAAAUUGGACAUCUCACAUCUACUCCCAAGUAUAAUUCUUCUGCCCUCGGUUCAGAGUUAGUGCUGGUGCCUACCACCGUUUCAGUCGCUGGCAACAUCUCUGAUUCGGAUAUAAAUCUUAGUCCUGAUUCUUUGUCUGCGUUGGCUAACUGGGAAGAUAUAGCUUUAAUGCCAGACUCGCAAGUCAUUAAAAAUUCAGACUCUGGGCAAACCCCAGAUGACUCAAAUCAGGGGACUUCAUCGAGCCCUGAGAAGACCUCGGUGGUUUCAAAGGAGUCUGCAGGGGCGAAUUAUAAGAACUCUGACAACUUGGGAAUGACAGUCAAUUGUGAGACCCCUCAAUCCGUUGCCUAUAAAAGCCCUCUUACAACUAUUUAUAACGUGAAAAAAGCCAAGAACCAGACACUAAAUGGAAUGACCUUUAAGUUACCUAAAACAAAGGCAAAUGAUUUGGGCCUUUUACCAAAUCUCUCCAAAUCAGAGAAUCAAUCUCCUGUCUACGAACUUUCUAAAAGGAAACCUUCCAGUCCCCAAGCCUUCCCACCGGCUAAAAAGCAGUCCUUCACUCUUCACGAAGAGCAAGUUUCAUCGACCGAUGGCCCCCGGACACCGGGAGGCCGUAGCGCUCGUAAAGUGCCCCCUUCUGUCCUGUCUUCCAUCAUAAAUCUCCAGGAGCCUCGGAAGACCCCGCGUGUCAGAAUGACACCUCCCUUAUGUAAUUGUGGCCGGAGGGCUAAGAGGCUCGUCGUUUCUAAUAACGGUCCAAAUCGUGGAAGAGCCUUCUACAGUUGUCCCGUGGGGAAAUCCAAAGGAAAUGGAAAGAGCUGCAGUUACUUCAAGUGGGAAAAGACCCUUCAAAAGGAGAGAGCCAACGGCUCUAUUUUGUCUCUCUCCACCACCGGGUUCGGUGUCAGUUCUCCUGCAACAAGCCUCAAUUCUUCAGGAAGUUUACAGUUUACUCCUAAAAAAAGCUUAGGGCUCCGGCCUUCUAUGAGGACGUGAGUUGCAUGUCUUUCCUGCACAAUAUUGCUCUUCACUAAACUUCAUAAAAAUGAGAGGCACCCAGCAGACGGCUUCACGACGACUUCAAUUCGCCUCCCGUGUGGUCGGAGGGAUGUCCCUGAGCUGCUUUCGUCUGGAAAAUGGAAGCCGGUUAGCUCUGAAAUGAUGGAGAAAAAUUCCGGAAACUAGUUGGAACAAGGAAUUGCCGGUAAAGACUUCUAGUUUCAACUCCAACUCUGGGCCAACUUAGUCCGCGAUUGAAGCUAGAUUUUCCACCUUAAAAUCUGAGGGGGGUAAAAGGUGUCUCCCGGGUAAAAGGCAUCUGCCAUCCACGAGCAUGAGCCAGUCUGGACCAGGCCAGGCUCGCACGCUCUGUUCGACUCCCCAGACCUCCCUUUGAAGACCGGAUCGGGCUCGGGGCACUGAGAUUCAGUGGAUAGCUGAGUUAACGACCGACCCGGAAUCACCUUCCACAUACGGUUGGCUGUUCCAGUAGGUAACUAGGUAACUGGAACAGCCCACCAGAACAACCCGUGUGUGAGAAGAGCGGUGUGUGAUAGCAUCCCUUAGAUGUAACCUCGGACCCACAGGUGAACGAAUCUAGCCCCACUUGGCUCCAGGCUAGACCCAGACAGUAAGAUGGAACAGUGAAAUUUUAGCUCGUGCCAAAAUUUUAGAUCCUGGGUAUACCGCCUUUUCGAUUGUGCUGGGUGUGCGUGGUGAUUUUAAGAAUUUGCUGCCUGGGCACAAUCUUCCGGAGGCACCCCGAAAUCAUCCAGUUGGGCACUAUUGUGUUGCAACCCCCGGGUGGGAAGCGUGGUUUUAAGGCACUCUGAAUAUCCUGAAUACGGAGAUAAUUAUUGGUCACUAUUUCAUAUAUUAGAUGUAUUGAUUUUUUCUUUAACCGACUCAUAAACAGUCGGAUUACCAAGAUAUCUGUGUCAUGAAGCUACCAAGAAAUGUUUUGUACGAUCCGGGUUUGCGACUCUAGAUAUUUUACGGUAAUGCCGCACGGUACCUAUGUUUUCAUUCUUAAAAUCAGAAUUUGAAUCAGUGAAAUUUUUAAAGCACAUUUUUUAUUAAUAAAAUAAACGUAUAACUGA